AUCGAAUAAUUCGCCUCAAUUUCUCGGACAAUCAAUAACAAACAUGGCGGACGAGAUCGAAGUUUUUCAGAAAAACGACUUGCCUAAUGUAGCUUUCCCUGUCUUCGAAGAAAUAAGGAGGCAAGGAAAACUAUGCGACGUUACACUGAAGGUUGGUGACAGGAAGUUCAGAGCUCACAGAAUUAUAUUGGCCUCAACUAUUCCAUACUUUCAUGCUAUGUUUACACAUGACAUGGUUGAAUCAAAGCAAGAUGAAAUCAGCAUGCAGGGAAUAGAUCCAAAUGCGCUGGAAGCAUUAGUGAAUUUUGCGUAUAAUGGUAGAGUGGAGAUAGACCAGAACAAUGUGCAAUGUUUGCUUAUAGCUGCAAGUUUCCUACAUCUACAGGCAGUAAAAGAUGCUUGUUGUGAAUUCUUAAAAAAGAGACUCCAUCCCUUGAAUUGUCUUGGUGUACGGUCAUUUGCUGACCAGUAUAUGUGUACAGGUCUCGUUGAAGCAGCCAAUAAAUAUAUACAGAAACAUUUCAAGGAUGUUGGAAAAUCAGAAGAAUAUUUAAAUCUGUCGCAGACCGAUGUUGUAGAUAUACUUGGACGUGAUGAACUGAAUGUCAACUCAGAGGAACAGGUGUAUGAAGCUGCACUGAAAUGGGUCAAGAAGGACAUAUACGGAAGACAGGAGUACCUGCCAGAACUGAUGGCCAAAGUGAGGUUACCACUCCUUACACCUCAGUUCCUAAGUGACAGAGUGGCUUCAGAGGAACUUGUUAAAUCAGAUCAUAAAUGCAGGGACCUAUUGGAUGUUGCCAGAGACUAUCACUUGAUGCCAGAAAGACGACACUUGCUACAGACAUUCAAGGCUCGGCCUCGAUGUUGUACAGAUAUACCAGGAAUGAUAUAUGCUGUUGGAGGUCUAACAUCCUCAGGAGAUUCAUUGAGUGCAGUAGAAUGUUAUGAUCCAUUGCUGGGCCGCUGGAUGGUAGCUGAGGCUAUGAGCACAAUGAGAAGUAGGGUUGGGGUGACAGUUUUAAAUGGGUUGUUGUAUGCUAUAGGAGGAUAUGAUGGUCAGGAUAGGUUGAGUACAGUGGAAGUGUUUGAACAAGACACAAAAAGAUGGAAAAAAGUUGCUUCUAUGAAUUGUAAAAGAAGUGCUUUAGGCGCUACAGCAUUAAACAAGAGGUUGUACGUUCUCGGUGGAUAUGAUGGAGUUACUUCCCUUAGAUCAGUAGAAGUCUAUGACCCUGAAACUAAUGUUUGGACACUGUUAUCGAAUAUGUUAAAGCAUAGAAGUGCAGCAGGAAUUACUGUUCUUGAUGGAGAGAUAUACGCAUGUGGAGGGCAUGAUGGUCUUUCCAUAUUUGAUUCUGUGGAGUGUUAUAACACGUCUACAAACACAUGGCGAUAUCUGCCACCUAUGACAUCGAAACGUUGUAGACUGGGUGUUGCAUCUUUGAAUGGCAAACUGUAUGCAGCAGGUGGUUAUGAUGGGUCUGUGUUCUUGAAAUCUGUUGAAUGUUACGACCCUGUCUCCAAAUCAUGGUCUGCAGUCAAAGACAUGAAUGUGAAGAGAAGUAGAGUUGCUCUUGUUUCAACGUACGGAAAAAUAUAUGCAAUCGGAGGUUAUGAUGGUGCUGGAAAUUUAAGUUCAGUGGAAAUGUAUGACCCAGAAAAAGAUACAUGGACCUUUGUGAAACCCAUGGCUGUCCAUGAAGGAGGUGUCGGUGUGGGUGUUGUGCCAGUGGAGCCAGAAGUUUGAAGCUCUCUUUCAUACUGUUACCAGCUGUUUUAAUGUUUCCUGAUGUGGUUAAUGAGAAAAUGGUUGCACUGCUUAACACUGAUGCCUGCUUCUAUGCAGUUUACUGGUCUGGUUGAAUUUAGAAAUGGCUUCUGGUGUCAGCAUGUUCAGAAAAUAUUGCUGGUUAACCAGAAAUGCAAAUAUCAGGGUUUUAGAAAUCCUGUGUAUAGAGCAAUGGAGGAAGUUUCAUAAGGCUUUUAAUUUUUUCUAGAGUGAGCUCUGUGGGCUACCUUGUCAACUGCAAUUCAAUUUCAGUUAGUCAAGAAUCAGUAAUGUAGCUGUGAAUCUUUGAGUUUUUAUUGUUUUCUAACCAGUCAUUUAGAGCCAGUCAAAAGAUUAUGACAGUCGGGCCAAAAGAUUAUGACAGUCGGGCCUAGUAUCAUUAUUGCAUGUGAUGCAGUGUCUGGAACCAGAUACGCAAAUAUGAAAACUAGAGCAAGGUUGUAGUGCCAUCAUUCUUGUGAUUUUCAUAGCUUAGAUACUUGAAAAUUUGAAAAUUACUGUUAUGACAAAAUGUUGAUUAGUCUUGUCUACAAAAGAUAGAAGCAGGUCUUCGAUGUAGUGUGCAUUUAGAUACAGUGAAUAAGAGAAUGUGCUCUUCAGUCUGUGAUAGAACUGAGUAUAAGUGUAUUCCUUGUGUCUGAAACUAAUCCUGCCUGCUUAUUGAUACCAGGACAUGAUAUAGUAUGGAUUAUCUACAUUAUUUUAUAUUUUAUUGUCUCUCCAGUUGCAUUGGGAAGUUUUAAAGUGAUGAUUUGCUUUGCAGAGAUAGUGAUUUAUGUAUUCACUUAUGGGUAAAAUAUUGUUGUUUUUUUUUUUUAAAUAUAUGGGUAAAAUAUUGUCCUAAAUGUCUAGUUUCACAUCAGACUCCCAAUGUUUGAUUCCUAUAAUUGUUAUUGGGAUAGAUAGUGUUUCUGCCUGGUCAACAAUCAUAAAUUAACCAUUGUUCUUGGACCAAACAAGUUUGCUUGGUUCUACUGUCUUGUAUAUUCUGUAAUAACACUGAUUUUUAAAAGCUCGUAAGUAUUAAAAUCGAAAAAUAUUGUUUAUAUCACAUUAGGUUUUGUUUUACUCCGACUAAAGGGCAGAGUUAAUGUAUACCAUUAUCACCUGUAAAUACCAUGCAUGUAUGUUAUAAAAAGACUUUAUGACUGUGUCCAGAAAAAUAUGCAGUCUUUAAUUGUGUAAUCAAGUGCUAUUAAAAGUACUGCAGUUUCUCUGCUGCGCAGAAUUCCAGCAUGUUUCUUGCUUAGAACAUAUCUGAUAUAUUAACAUAAAAGUAUUAUUUUAAUGUUCUGCUUUUGAUUGCUAGAAGAACAAGUGCAAAGACUUGUGUAAAAACUUGUAUGAAUAAUUCUGCAUAAAAUGAAUUACUUAUAAUUGUAUGCCUGUGUUAAAUAGCAAAGCUGUGUCUUUAAAUACACAUGUUUUGUAUACUUAUUCAAAUAUGAUAUGCCUGGAAUUUUAGCAUUUUAUAUGUGAGAUUAGUUUUCCUUAUUUACCAUAAAGUGUGAGAUAAUUAGCUCGUCUGAUUUUUGAAAAAAUCAAUGAUGUAUUGUCGUCCCUUGAUCAUUGGCAUUGGUUAAAAUUUUUUGUUUAGGUCUACUUUUUCUCAAACACUGCAAGAGCUACAGCUUUGAGACAUUACACACUUAUUUGUCAUCAUUAGGGGACUAGGUAGGCCAAGAACCAUAACUCUGAUAUGUAUUUUGUCAUAUGGCCAUUUUUGUACUUAGAAAAUUUUAGUUUCUUGGUUAAAUUUUUUGUUUAGGUCACCAUUUCUCAAAAACUAUAAAAGCUACAGCUUUGAAACUUUAUACACUUGGUUAUCAUCAUUAGGGGAUGAUGUAGGCCAAGACCCAUAACUCAAACCUGCAUUUUGUAGAAUUAUGGCCCUUUUUAUACUUAGAAAAUCUGAACUAUAUCUCUUUUCUUACAUAUUGUCCAGCACUUUCAGACGAGCAUUGGCACCCAUAGGCAGUACUCUUGUUUAUUUACUAUUGUUAGUUAAAAUAUGGAUAUAAGCUACAUAUGAAAAUCAUAAUCAUUAGUCAGUACAAAGGAGUUACUAGUAUUAUAUUGAAACUAGUAAGUUUCAAAAACAUUUAUGAAUCUUACGCAAGUAUUCGUGAAAAUGGGUUAAUACCUUUUGGCAUGUGUUUGUAUUUGGUUUACAGUUACAUGAUUUAUGGCUCAGUUCCGUUGAAAUAGCUGAUAAAGUUGACCCUCUUUGAUAAAUUAAGCUGGAAAACUUAUGUCUAUGAUUAUUUUGGGGAAAGCUUCUCUUUUUAGCUCACCUGUCACAUAGUGACAAGGUGAGCUUUUGUGAUCACCCUUCGUCCGUCGUCCGUCCCUGCGUGCGUCCAUGCGUCAACAAUUUCUUGUCUGCACGAUAGUGGUUUCAUUUAUGAUUUUAUUUUAACCAAACUUGCACACAACUUGUAUCACCAUAAGAUCUCGGUUCCUUUCUUGAACUGGCCAGAUCCGAUUAUGGGUUCCAGCGUUAUGGCCGCUGAAAGGGCCAAAAUUAGCUAUUUUGACCUUGUCUGCACAAUAGCAGCUUUAUUUAUGAUUUGAUUUUUACCAAACUUGCACACAACUUGUAUCACCAUAAGAUCUUGGUUCCUUUCUUAAACUGGCCAGAUUCCUUCAUGGGUUCUAGAGUUAUGGCCCCUGAAAGGGCCAGAAUUAGCUAUUUUGACCUUGUCUGCACAAUAGCAGCUUCAUUUAUGAUUUGAAUUUAACCAAACUUGCACACAACUUGUAUCACCAUAAGGUCUUGGUUCCUUUCUUGAACUGGCCAGAUUCCGUUAUGGGUUCCAGAGUUAUGGCCCCUGAAAGGGCCAGAAUUAGCUAUUUUGACCUUGUCUGCACAAUAGCAGCUUCAUUUAUGAUUUGAAUUUAAUCAAACUUGCUCACAACUUGUGUCACCAUAAGAUCUCUGUUCCUUUCUUGAACUGGCCAGAUCCCGCUAUGGAUUCCAGAGUUAUGGCCCCUGAAAGGGCCAGAAUUAGCUAUUUUGGCCUUGUCUGCACAAUAGCAGCUUUAUUUAUGAUUUGAUUUUAACCAAACUUGCACACAACUUGUAUCACCAUAAGAUCUUGGUUCCUUUCUCGAACUGGCCAGAUUCCAUCAUGGGUUCCAGAGUUAUAGCCCCUUAAAGGUCCAAAAUUGGCUAUUUUGACUUUUGCAGCCAUAUAGAGACUUCAUUUAUGGUUUGAUUGGAUACAAACUUCCAAAAUAUCUUCAACAACAAUAAGUCUUGGAUUCCAUGACAAACCUGUCAGAUCCAAUUGUAGGUUCCAGAGUUAUUUUAUAUCUUAUUACCUCCCCUGAUUGUAAUCAAAAUGGAUUUAUAUCAGUACUGUACAGUACUUACUUGAAAUUUCAUUUUUGGCAUUAUUUGGACUGAGACAAUCAGGGUAGAUAACUAUGGAAUGAUUUUAUGUCAAAUUACCUCCCUUUAUUUCAAAUUACAAUGGGUAUAUCUCCGUAACUAAUGAAGAUACUGAUCUGAAAUUUCAUUUAUGUCAACAGAUGGACUUGGACAAUCAGUGAAGAUACAUAUUGACUGAAUUUGUGACAAAUUACCUCCUUUAUUAUUUAUCUAAAUGAAUACACCUUAGCAGUUUCUAAUGAGAUUGGUUUGAAACGAUCAUAUCAUUUUGAGCAAUGGUACUCAGGUGAGCGACACAGGGCCAUCAUGGCCCUCUUGUUAAAAAUAAUGCUAAUAAAAGUUGUCUAGAAUGUAUUUCAGAACUAGAAUCUUUUACAUAUUUCUCAAGUAAUAUUUGAUAUUGUGCCAAAUCACAUGUUCAGGUAAGAUAAAAUGAUCUGUAAGCAAAAUGUUUACAAUUUAGUAUACACAAUUGAUCUGAUCUGAUUUAUUUCACUUUUUGCAAAAAAAAACCUAUGAAUGUAGUGAUUAGGUCAGUCUCUAAUUUUUCAACUUCAGAUGUAGCAAGAAAACAUUUUUUUCCUGCCCUAACCAGAUCAACUUUAACUACAUGUAUAUGCUUUUAUAGGCUUGAACUACUUCAGAUAAUUUGAGAUCACGCUCUUUGAACAAACUUAUUAAACCAGUGCCAAUAUAGAAAAAAGGUACCAAUGCAAACCCGACUUCAUUUAUUUACUAGUCCAUUAAUUUUUUGUGUUUGCUAAUGUAAUAUUGAUUAAUUGUCUUAACAAUUCACUGUUUACUUUAUAUACACACUUUUUACAUUUGUUAAUAUGUUUAAUGUUUUAAACUUUUAUCUGUCCUGACUUAAUAAACUGAUUUAUAAAAUG